CUUCUUUCGGAAUUAUGCAGUGAACGAAAGAUCGAGAAGCCGCCAAAAGCGACCGCUGUGAAGAGGAGGCUUGCUCUCUCCGUUUGCCUAUGGCCGCCACCGAAGCAUCAGCUAUCUUUCCUCUGCUUCUGCUGCUGCAUCUCCUCUUUUCUGGAUUAGCAGCUGCAAGACAAGAAGAUUGCCCUCCAUUCUCCUGUGGGCAGCUCCGGGACGUCAAAUACCCUUUCCGUCGCAAAGAUGAUCCAUCCAUCUGCGGGGUGACAACCUACCAACUCAGCUGCGACGCCAACAGAUCUACCUUCAGGAUUGGCUCUGCAGACUACUUCGUCACUCAGAUAUCGUACAGAUCGUCCUAUUCUGCUUGGAUCCGGCUGGUGGAUCCUAACCUCGCCAAUGGAAGUUGUGGUCUCCCUACGCAAUCGUAUUCUUUCGACAACAUGUCGGCUACCGAAAUCAAUUGCGAUUCAGUUUACUGGGCCAGUUACAUGAGUUGCAGCGAGCCGAUCCACAACGACACACGGUAUCACCUCCUUUCCUGUCUGAGCAGCAAGGACACGUUUGUCUAUGUCAUCGUUGGCCUAAAUGUAGAUGAACUGUUCUACCUUCAUCCGGGGUGCGAGUAUCAAUCAAUGAUUCCGGUCGCUGAUGAUGCAUUUGUGAUACCACCGAGUUCAUCGAUCGACGCAUUCAGAAUCCUGCAGAAGGGGUUCAAUUGUAAUAUUCCUCGAAGAAACAGGAAAUCUACCAUAAUUCACCGAUGUCUGAAAGAAGCCACAAGCAUGUUCUCCGACCUAAUAACCAGCAAGCAGCUACUAUCCAUCGUCUACUCCGUGGUCAGAAGUGAGCUUCAUUUUAAAUCCUGCAUGGAAGAUCACUUCUACCGCACUUUCAUUUCUAGGAUUACUAUUGCUGUAACCGUACUCAUUCUGAUUGUACAGCUCUUGAUAGUGCUGUUGAUACUAUGCCGGUUCGUGAUGGCGCCGAUCAUACUCUGUGUCUUCCUUCUUCACAAACUGUGGGUCAGCCGAGCCUCCGUGGACACCGUGGAGAAGUUCCUCCGCGCUCAGCAAACGCUGACGCCCACCAGGUACGCCUACACCGACAUCGUCGCCAUCACACGGCACUUCAGGCAGAAGCUAGGCCAGGGAGGGUUCGGAUCCGUGUUCAAGGGCGAGCUCGCCGGUGGCCUUCUCGUGGCCGUCAAACUGCUCGGCAACUCCAAAUGCAACGGCGACGAUUUCAUCAGCGAAGUCGCCACCAUCGGCAGGAUCCACCAUGUGAAUGUGGUGAGGCUGGUCGGCUACUGCGCCGAGGGAUCCAAGCGGGCGCUCGUCUACGAGUACAUGCCCAAUGGCUCCCUCGACAGGUACAUCUUCGCUUCCAAACCAACCACGGCCCGCACUUUUACCUCGGAAAAGCUCAUCGACAUAGCCAUGGGCGUCGCCCGCGGCAUCCACUACUUGCAUCGAGGGUGUGACAUGCAGAUUCUGCACUUCGACAUCAAGCCUCAUAACAUUCUCCUCGACCGCAAUUUCACGCCCAAGAUUUCUGAUUUCGGACUCGCAAAGCUGUAUCCCAAGGGCAACAGUCUGGUGUCAGUCAGUGCCGCCAGGGGGACGGUGGGAUACAUAGCUCCCGAGUUGAUCUCCAGGAGCUUUGGAAUCAUAUCACACAAAUCCGAUGUCUAUAGCUUUGGGAUGCUGCUGAUGGAGAUGGCAGGAAGGAGGAGGAACGUGAAUCCUCGUGCAGAGAAUUCGAGCCAGGUUUACUAUCCUUCGUGGAUAUACGAUAAGCUCGCUCGGCAGCAGGAGAUCCAAUUCGACGACACCUCGGAGAUAGAGGAGUUGGAGAAGAAGCUGGCGGUGGUUGGAUUGUGGUGCAUCCAAAUAAAGCCAUCGGAGAGACCGACAAUGGCAAAGGUGUUGGAAAUGCUGGAAGCUGAUGCGAGCAGCCUGCCGAUGCCCCCAAAACCCUUCGUUUCCUCCGUGGAUUCCACUUCAGAAACAAAGACUUGCUUGAUUUCAUCUUCCGCUGAGCUAUCCAUCAUCUCGGAAUGAAAAGUCAUUGUUAGAAGAAUAACAAAUAAAUGUUCUCAGAAUUGUAAACACUAGACACGAUAAUGAUAUCUAAAUAGUCGAUAUCUUUGGAACAUCCCUUUGAAAAAUUCUGCUGCUGCUGCUAAUUGACGAGUAUGAUUUCAUAAUGUUAAAGAUAAAUCUAUGAUUGCAA